GGCCAUUGUUGGUUGGAAGGAGAUCACAUUGGGCAUUCUAUGGACUCUAAUUUUUUUGGACCAAUUUCUCUGGGUCUAAUAACAGCAAAAGCUACGUAUAUAGUUUGGCCACCAAGUAGAUGGCAACAGUUAUAUCCUACAAAGUUUAAUCAUGAGAGCUGUUAGCUUUGUAAAGAAACUGCAAUGGGAAUUACCUGGUACUGUAUGCAGGCAUGGCUUAACAAUAGGAGAUGUUGACAAUGAUGGUGACAAUGAAUUGGUUGUCGGUACUGCUGAAGGAGAACUUUAUAUCUUCAAGGGAUCAGAACUAUGGCAAAAGAUCACUGGUCUUGGUCUUAUAACCAGUGUAGCAAUUGGAGAUAUUUUUAAUUACGGGCGCAAUGCACUUGUUGUUAUCUGUGGUGAUGGAUGGACACAUAUAUUUUAUAGUCCUAGAUCUGUCAAUCCUAAUAAUGCAAAUGUACCUGCAAGUCAACAAGCUGGCAAAGAUGCAAAUGAGCAAGACAACUUUAAAACAAAUAUCGAUAUAGUAAAUUCCCAAAACUUGGAACACAUUGACAAUACAACUGAAAUUAAUGAACUCUCUGGAAAAAUGGAAUGUGUGCAUGUACAAAGAAUUCCAACCAAUACAAAGAUAGUAUUGAUAGCUGAUGUUGAUAAAGAUGGUGCCAAUGAGAUGAUUCUUGGUUUGACAGAUCGUGUUGUAAGAUCUUACAGAUGGUCAAGUAAUGCUGACUUAGGAACAGGAAAAUUGAUUGGCCUAAAUAAAUGGGAAUGCACUAAUCAAAUAGGAACAGUUACACUGCAACAUACUGGUGAUGGUACACCAACUCUACUGGUUGCACAACCUGGUGGUACAUUUAUGCGGAUUAAAUGCAAUCCUACCGAUUGCCACUUAAAGGAUACUUCUUGCGAAGCUGUUGAUUAUCAAACAUUAGGAAUAUCUAGGAUGCGUAAUCAAAAUAUUUCAACUGAAAUUAUCGGAGAUUUAGAGCCAGGAACGACGCCGUUUAUUUCGACGUUUGAGCCUAAAAUGUCUAAUUAUAUUCUUAAAGAUAAAUUGUCAAAGCAAAAUUUUGCAGACGACAGCCAACUGGGUAUGAAAACCUUCAAAUCCGCAUCGCUUGAAUUCAAAAGAAAUUAUUCGCAACCCGUGAUUCGGAAAAAUAGUCUAGAUAUGACAGGUGAAUAUACUAGAGAUUUUACAACAGAAAAUCACCAAGUAGUUAAAUUUUAUAGUCCUUCCGAUUUUUCAAGUACUGAUGAAAUGGAUGAUAAUUUUAUCAGUAGCAAAGUUAUUCACAGAGAAUUUGAUAAAGAAUUCAAGAAAACGACAAAAAAUAUAUUGUUACCAUCUUUUAAAGAUUUUCCCUUCGAUGAUAAAAAUAAGAAUAAAAGUAUUAAUAUUAACAAUAAUACUAGUAAUAUGAAUCAACAUGAGAAGAAAGAUUAUAAAUCGAAUAAUAAAAUCAGUAGUGAAAAUGCUCCAAAAGGGAAACCUUAUGCUUUGGCAACGCUUGAUGGAACUAUUAUGUUAGUGCAGGAUGAAGUUAUUUUAUGGGCUAUGCAAGUAGAUCAUCAGAUAUUCGCUCUAUGUCGAUUAGAUGUCACAGGUAAUAAUUCCGACGAGAUAAUCGCCUGUGCUUGGGAUGGUCAGACUUACAUCUUAGAUCAACAACGGCAUAGCGUACGUUUUCAGUUUGAGGAACCAGUCAGAGCUUUCUGUACGGGAAAUUACAACGUGACUCCAGGAACAUCUAGUCCUAGUUUAGUGUAUAACACUUUUAACAACAAGAUUUUUCUUUAUUAUGAUGUUAUCCUUCCGAGUAUGACGAUCAAUGCUUUAAAUCCCAUGAAGGAUUUUGAAUCUGACGAAAUACAGAUCUUAAAGGAAUUAUUGGGCGAGUGCAGUACUAAUGAGAAACAGCGGAAGAUGCAACAAUUAACCGAAUGGCUGUUAUACGGUGUACAUUAACAUAUGGAACAGAUAAUAUAUAGGGGCAGGGAGAUGUGUAAUAAAAUAUGCAUAGUCUAAAA